GACGUGGCGCACGUGGCCGCCAUCAUCUUGUCAACAACCCCCAUCUCCGCCUCCUCGCGACCGCCGCCUGCCCCGUCCCUUCGUAUCUUUCCGCGGGAGGGUCGUCGAACAAUGAUCGUUUGCCUUGAUCGUUCAUCUCCCGCGUGCGCGGGCAGGGCUUUUUCGACUCAUAUGGCUACUUCAGCGGGACGCCAACUUGAAGCCGUCGACAAUCGAGUUCUCCUCCACGUUGCGGAUGUUUCCUUCCGGCUCCACGGGCGCGCGGACGGCCUUGUCGUUUCUCCCUAUUUUAUUCACAUACCAGAUCAUCCCCGUUCUCUGCUCCUCGCAAGCAGCAUGCUUGUGCUCGACACCAUCGCCGGCAUGCGGCCGAAUCAGAUCUCCGCUGUCCCAGGCCUUCUCUCUGCGCUACCAACACGCUUCCGUCGGCCGUCAUACGCUGUGAAGACAAGGAGGUAG